UGGGGCAGCCCCCGGGGAGGGACACAGCGCCGCGGGAGCCGAGCAUGGAGGCAGAGGCCGCUCGCAGAGCUGCAGGUGUUUACCCCGUGGAUAUUUUGGAAGAUGACCCUGAAAGGCAUCUGGAAGCAGCCCUGGCUUACUACGCCAUGCUUAAGGAAGGGAUGCAGCCCUCAAAAGAGCUUUUCUGUCUUCCCACGGGGGAGCAGGUUAAACUUGAAGCCUCGUCUGUUUGCUUUUGCACUGUGCACCGUGACGAACCUCAACAUAAAAUAUUAGUCUUGGUUAAUCCCCAGGACACGAAGACAGUGGUGGCUGUUUACAUAAAGGAGUCCUGGUGGCCCACCGAAGACGUCCUACGAACCUCUGAUCCUGCCAGAGAAGGUCUCAUGAAGGUUCAGUCAUUUGGGGAAAGGAUUGUGCUUUUCAUUCUAAAUGUUGUUAUUUUUGGAAGACUGGAGAGAAAUUUGGAUGACCGAGACAUGUUUUUUUUACCUCACUCUGUGAAGGAGCAAGCAAAGAUUCUGUGGCGGGAUGGGUCAGCAGUUGGAUUUUACACGACCAAAAGGAAAGGCAGCCUGUGUGGUGAUGGUAUGGGUGCAUGCUACCUGCUACCUGUCUUCGACACCGUGUUUGUCAGGAGGAAGUACCGUCGCCAAGGCCUGGGCAUGGCCAUGCUGCAGGACUUCUGUGAGACGUUCCGAGAGGAUGAAGCCCUGGGCGUCAGUUGGCCGAUUUCUCCUGCUAUGUACCAAGUCUGCAGGAAGUUCCUGUUGGCCCAUCCCGAGGAGCGCGGACGCCUGUGGGAGGUGGAACCCCCAGGAGCCUGGGGCCAGCGAGGCAGCAUCUGGUUGAAGGUUCGACUGCAGCAGUCAAGACCUCCAGACUCUCACCCAGGAGAUGCCAAGGACCGUGUGAGCAGUCAACGGCAGACUACUCCAGAUGAGGGACCCGGACAGUCCGAAGAAGGCAAGAAGGAGAGGACCCGUGGAGAAUGGGAGGAGAGAAAGAGCGAUCAAGACUGCGGAGUGGAAGAAACAGCAGCGGGGUGGCUUGGAGGAGCCUGUGGGGCCCAGCCGGAGGGGAAGGCGGCCAAGAGGACAGCGGUGGAGGCGGGGCUGGCCUGGGAGUCCCAGGAGAAGCACCUGCGGCCCAGCUCCUGACUCCUGGGGGCAAACCCGAGCCUCCUCGAGGGGCCUGUCUGGGCUCUGGGGGGCACGGGCGUGAGCGCUGCCUCCGUCACUCCGUGCUCGCACACCCAGCAGCUGGCCUCUGCCCUUGCUGCAUUGUACUUUGAGGAGAAAGGGACGGCACAGACCCUGCCCACCUGGGGCUUGUUUUGUGGGCUCAGGUGAUAGAAAGCCUAUAAAAGUGCUUUAUUCCUCAAGUACAGAGAUCUAAUAAGCAGGUACAAGCAGCCGUUUUCCUGGGCUCAGAUCUCAGAAGUGUGUUUGUUAAACCUAAUAUGGUUUCUGUUACCUGGGGUGAAUUGGUAGAGACUGUACUAGAACCACGCGGAUAUGCCUCUUUCUUAAGCGCAGUGAAGCUCUGAGAAGGG